AUGACCACUCAGCUACCAGAGGAGUCCGUGGAGACCCAGAGCUCGGAUGAGCUUGAGUGCAAGAUCUGUUACAACCGCUACAACCUGCGGCAGAGAAAGCCAAAGGUGCUGGAGUGCUGUCACAGAGUGUGUGCCAAAUGCCUUUGCAAGAUCAUAGACUUUGGGGAUUCCCCACAAGGAGUCAUAGUGUGCCCGUUCUGCAGGUUUGAAACGUGCCUGCCGGACGAUGAGGUCAGCAGUCUUCCUGACGACAACAACAUCCUUCUGAAUUUAGCUUGUGGGGGAAAGGGAAAGAAGUGCCUACCAGACAACCCAACAGAACUGCUGUUGACUCCCAAAAGGCUGGCAUCUCUGGUUAGCCCUUCUCACACCUCUUCUAAUUGCCUGGUUAUAACAAUCAUGGAAGUACAAAGAGAAAGUCCCCAGACUCUGAACUCAACCCCCGUGGUGGAAUUUUACAGGCCUACAAGUUUUGACUCUGUUGCAACUGUGUCCCACAACUGGACAGUGUGGAACUGCACAUCUUUGCUCUUCCAGACCUCGAUUCGGGUGCUAGUGUGGUUGCUAGGGCUGCUGUACUUUAGCUCUUUGCCUUUAGGGAUUUAUUUACUGGUAUCCAAGAAAGUCACCCUUGGGGUUGUCUUUGUAAGCCUUGUUCCUUCGAGCCUUGUUAUUCUCAUGAUUUAUGGCUUUUGCCAGUGUGUUUGCCAUGAAGUUCUAGACUGCAUGUCUUCUUGA